UAAAAUAAAACAAUUUGAAUAGAGUAUGUUCCUUUCCGUUGAGAUAUCCUUAUCCAUUUGCUCAGUUGAGUCAUACGAAAUAUCAUGCACGACUUAGCUGUCAGUUUUCCGUUCCCCCUGCCCCCAUUCAGAACAAAUGCAUACGUAACAUUAGAAAUUUUGUUUGUGGUAUUGUUUCUUUUCAUCGGAAAUACCCAAUUUCCCGAUAGUUAAACAAACCAAAAACAGCAUAAUAAUACCAGAGCAAAAACAAUAAGAAGAAGAAAUAGUUACAGAUACAGUUGAAUAUGUCAAGACGUAGAAUUGCCACCAUGUCUACAGCUGAGGGCACAUCUCUCCGAAAUGCAGAAGGCAUACGAAAAUUCACCAACUCCAUGGACCCGCGCUUGGAUCAGCUGGUCGUGUACAGCUCCGUGCUGGAGCAUUUGCUGCAACAGAAGCGCCACUUUGAGCAGGAGCGCGACACGGAGCAGCUGCGGCUCGAGCGGUUCAGGUGCGAGGGUGUCAAAGAUAAUCGCAUUCGCGUGCAAAUGCAGGUGGUGAAAAAGGUGCAGAGCAUGCUCCCGAACAUUGUCUUCAAGCUGCGCAACGAGUACGACAAAUUCGAUCGCUUUCUGCAUAGAGAGAAGGGACUCCAAAACAUAAAUCUUUCUCUUUACGACAAAGGUCUGCAGUUGCUGAAUUUGUGCAAAAAGAAUCUAGAGCAAACUUUAUAGACAUGGCUGCACUUCCGUUUUCGCAUAUUCCCACGCGAACCCACUCUCCACCACACGCACACAUAGCCCAUGGUUUGCCCCAGCUCCCAAC